AUGGGUGUCGUCUGCUCCGCCAUCGCUGUACGUCUAGCCUCUCCCCUAACCGAGAACCGAGCUCCGUGCUGCCCAUACUUGGAGGGUACUGUCACCGCUCAGCAUGCCCUAUAUCGAUGAAUACCCCUCACAAGUACAGUCACUGACCGUUUUCUUUGUGUACCCUCCCGACCUCUCUUCCUACAAUCAGAACAUCUUCUCCGCCAUCGGUCGAGGGAUCUCCGGCUUCUUUGGCCUGAUCGCUUCCGUCCUCUCCUCGAUCGUCAACGCCAUCGCGGGUGCCUUUGCAGGCCUGUUCAGCUGCCUGGGUCGAUGCUUCUCCUGCGGUACCCAUGGUGGAGGAGGAAGGCGUCGUGCUAGAGUUUAG